AUGAGCUUCACCGCGCACUCGGUUUGCUUCACCCUGAAGGUGAGCGUCCUGCUGGGGUCGCUGGUGGGGCUCUGCCUGGGCCUCGAGUUCAUGGGCCUCCCCAACCAGUGGGCGCGCUACCUCCGCUGGGAUGCCAGCACGCGCAGCGACCUGAGCUUCCAGUUCAAGACCAACGUCUCCACGGGGCUGCUCCUUUACCUGGACGACGGCGGCGUCUGCGACUUCCUCUGCCUUUCGCUGGCGGACGGCCGCGUGCAGCUCCGCUUCAGCAUGGACUGCGCGGAGACCGCUGUGCUGUCCGACAGGCAGGUGAACGACAGCAGCUGGCACUUCCUCAUGGUGCGCCGGGACCGCCUGCGCACCGUGCUUGUGCUUGACGGCGAGGGCCAGACGGGCGAGCUGCAGCCCCAGCGGCCCUACAUGGAUGUGGUCAGUGACUUGUUCCUUGGCGGAGUCCCUGCGGACAUACGGCCUUCCGCCCUGACCCUCGAUGGAGUACAGGCCAUGCCCGGCUUCAGAGGAUUAAUCCUGGAUCUCAAGUAUGGCAACUCAGAGCCUCGGCUUCUGGGGAGCCAGGGUGUCCAGUUGGAUGCUGAGGGGCCCUGUGGCGAGCGUCCCUGUGAAAACGGAGGGAUCUGCUUUCUCCUGGAUGGCCACCCCACCUGUGACUGUUCCACCACUGGCUAUGGUGGCAAGCUCUGCUCAGAAGCUGUCUUAAGCUGCCAGAGGGGUGAGAACAGCCUUCUUUCUCCCUUCGCAAAAUCCACACACCAGCUGCAGGCUACAAAAGGGGGUGGACACAGGGUAAAUGCCUCCUCCGAAUUCAGCGGGGUUGAGGGUCACACAGGCAUUUUGCCAAGAGCCGUGGAGUGGCAUGCUGUCGGGGAAAGAUGGUUUCCAGUUCCUGGGGCAGCUGCCCAUCAGCUGGGUCCUCUGCCCCCUUCACAGGACAGAAGAGACAGGAGGUGUCAAGAGCUCAUUGCCAAUCCUCUAACCUCGUGGUCUGGACCCCUUGCUUUUUUGUUGUUUCUGAGCCUGAAGCAGAUCACUAGUUCAGAACCUUUCUUUGUGGCCCAGGACACAGCAGGAGGCAGGCUGGGCCACCUGGCCCUGGCCGAGGUCAGCGGCAGCCUCCCGUCUCUCCGAGGCCCUGGCCGGGCAGCGUGGAACCGGCAGUGCUGCGGCUCUGAAACAGGAAACCUUUAG